UAGAAAGUUAAAUUUGGAGGAAGUGGUGGCGAUUUUAGCUAAAACUGUAGGAAACCGGACGAAAUGUUACCUAAGAGGCUCGUGCAAAGAUAGAUGCAUGUCGGGGUAAUUGGGCGGGGUUAGUGUGAAUCUGCUUUUUCCUGGAUUAGAUUAGAUUCCUCAACACAAAAAGAAAAGAAAAGAAAAGGGGGAAAAAAAAAAGACAUCAAAAUUCUUAGUACAAAAUUCCUGAAUUUGAGAUCUAUUACAUUUUCCUCUUAGAUCUUACAAAUCUUCACUCUCUCACUCAUUCGAUUCGAUCUCGACAUUGACAGAUCUCAUUUUGAAGCGGCUUGUCCCCGCCACAUGGGCUCUUCGCAGUCCGCUCGAAUCCCGUCGGAAGCCGAGGAGGAAGAAGAAGAAGAAGAUGACGACGACGUCGAAGACGAAGAGGAGGAGGAGGACGACGCCGUCCCGCGCGACAUUCCCGACAGCGCCGGCGACCAUGCCGUGGUGAAGAAAAUCCUGGAGCAGGAGCCGGAGAUGCUGCCGUGCCACGCCUCCGCCUCACCGCUCUCCCCGCAGCUCUCCGCCUACGGCACGCCCCGCACGGGGCCUUCGAUCAAGGUGUGGGAUCCUUACAACGUCCUCGCCCCCCCGCCGACGCUUCCGCCGCUGCCCGCGCACUUCCACCGCGGCUUCUCUGCCGUCCCCGCCGACGAAGAUCGGGCGAUCACCGAGGUCUACUUGGUCAGCCACGGCGAGUGCCACAUGAAUCUGAGGCCCGAUUUGAUCGCCGGCCGCUGCCCCGACGCUGCCCUAACCUCCAACGGCAAACGCCAGGCCCGAGCCCUCGCUGUGUUUUUGAAGUCCCAAGGUGUGAGGUUUAGUGCCAUUUACACCUCGCCGUUGGAUCGGGCUCGCGCCACCGCGCAGGCGGUUUGCCAGGAGUUGAAUUUCUCAGAGGAACAUAUACAAUCAUCCGAUGCACUCGUAGAGAUGAGCCAAGGCCACUGGGAAGGAUGCCAUCGGUCAGAAGUUUUCACCCCAAAUACAGUGAGUUUAAUGGAGAAAUUCCAGCCCGAUUUUUCUGCACCAUCCGGAGAAUCACUGAGGCAGGUAGAAUUCCGGAUGGUUCAGUUCCUAAAUGGUACGGUCGUGGCAUUUCCUGACAAAUUUAGGUCUGAUUUCUCCCCACCAGAUCCUAGUGACAACCCAGUUUUUGGAAACAACAGCGCUCAUGCACUUCCAAACUUGAUACCCGAACGAGAUGUGCCUUCUCUCGCACCACCCAAUUGGGAUUCGUCUCACAAGCACCGGCAGGGCCUUCAUAGGAAGAAAUCCGGUAAGAGCAGGCUUCAAAUAGUGACGACUGGAGAUAAUGAGGCCGAUGACGAGAUGUCUCCCCGAGUAGUACCCAAUAACCAAGGUCUGGUACGUGACAUAAAUGUUAGAAGCACCUCUUCUCACGUGUCAUCAUGUGUUGGAGUCUUUAGCCACUCUACACCGAUCAAAUGCCUCCUGACCGGCCUCCUCGGCUGCAGCUCUGUAAUGUCACAGAAGUUCUGCAUCGAAGAUUCUUCAAUCACCGUGCUGCAACACUCAUUGAAAGCUGGUUGGCAGAUAAAGAGAUUGAACGAUACAUCACAUCUUCGACUUCUCUAAAGGUAAUAAGACCAGAGCGUUGGUUUGUCUCUUUGUUGUUUGUUACACGUAGAGGCUCUCUAUGUAUUCAUUUCUUGUACCCUCACUAUAUUGAUUUUCCAUGGUGUAUGGUUCCAUUUCCAGUAGAUAAAAGUUGAUACUGGAGUUUGGACAACACUCAUGAGUGAUUCUUUGUGUUUGUAGACACUCCAAUUUGGGGAGGAUUUAUGUUGUCAUGAAAUCCAGUUUUGUUGUUUAUUUA